AUGACAGAACCUAAAAAAGAAGCUAUUGAGGCAAUGUCAGAAUGUGGUCUAAGACCAAUGGAGUCUUAUAGGUAUAUGUCAACAGAAACUGGCGGAGACGACUGUGUAGGUCAUACGAUGAUUGAUCAUCUAAACUACUGCUACAAGUUAAAAAUGAAGCAAAUUGAUGGCAAGGAUUCACAAACACUAGUGAACAAACUGUAUGACAUACAAUCAAUAGAUCCCGAGUUCUUUUUCAGAGUAAGACUCAAUGCUGAAGGAAAAGUUGAGUGCCUAUUUUGGAGGGAUUCUAUGAUGAGAGAAGAUUACAAAAUAUAUGGAGAUGUUCUAGUUUUUGAUACUACAUUCAGAACCAAUAAGUACAAUCUCAUAUGUGCUCCAUUUGUUGGUAUCAAUAACCAUUGCAAAAACACAAUGUUUGCUUGUGCUUUCAUUGGGGAUGAAACCACAGAAUCUUUCGUUUGGGUGUUUGAAACUUUUCUGAAGGCUAUGGGAGGAAAGCACCCUAUAUCAAUUUUCACUGAUCAAGAUGCAGCUAUUGCUGCUGGAAUAGAACAGGUUUUUCCUUCUUCAAGACACAGGUUAUGCUUGUGGCACUUGAGUAAAAAUGCAAACAGUAGGUUUGGUUUAUUGAAGUCUGAUAAAAACUUCAAAAACGCAUUCUACAAGUGUUUAAGUGGGUGUAUAACACCAAAUGAUUUUGAAGAAACUUGGAAAUCUAUGAUCAACACUUUUAAGCUGGAAAAAUAUGACUGGUUCAACAGAUUGUAUGGUCUUAAAGAAAAAUGGUGUACAGCUUUAAGUAAAGAUUUUUUUUCUGCCGGUAUACUUUCUUCACAAAGAAGUGAAAGUACAAACCAUGCUGUUGGUUUUAAAGCAAAUAAAAGUACAACAUUAACAGAGUUCUAUAGUAUUUUUCAAGCUACAAUAAAUCGAUGGAGAAAAACCGAAGAAAAAGACGACUUUGACUGUACAAGGGGAAUACCAACUUCAGAGCUAAGUAUGAGUGCUAUAUUAAAACAGGCAGCAAAUGUAUACACGAUAACACUUUUCCGUGAUUUUGAAGAAGAGUUCAAGCUUUCUGUGGCAAGUAGUACAAUGUUCAAGGGAAGUGUAGGAAGAACAGUGUUUUUUGAAGUGUGGAUAGAAGGAAUAACAGGAUCAAGCCAAGAAGUUCAAUACAAAAUGGAAGAUUCAACCGUCACUUGCACAUGCAAAAACUUUGAAGAAUCUGGAUGGUUAUAUGCAAAGAAACAGAUAUGGGAAAGGGUUGAUACAAUAAAAAGGGAGAAAGGUGAAAUCAACAAUUUUACUGGUUGGAGAUUACAUAUGAUCAGAAGAUACUAUAACUUAAUUUUGAAAGGGCAUAAGAUAGCAAAGGCCAGAAAAUUUAUCGAGGAGAAGUUUAAAAUGGAUAAUAAAGCAGUUGAUGAAAUCAUAAAAAAGGAAGAAGAAAGGAAGGCAAAAGAAGAAGCUGCAAAGAUAGCAGAACAAGAAAAGGCAAAAGCUGAAGCACAACGAGAAACACAAGACGGGGAAUCAACUAAUUCUGAAAUAACAAUUGUGCUUGAUCCUGAUCGUGCUAAUACUAAAGGAAAGAGUAAGAAGAGAAUAAAGGGUCAAUAUGACAAUUACAAGCAGCCAUCAAAGAAAGGAAAAAAGAAACACAAAGAAUUUGGAUCCAAGACACCCAAUAUUCAAUUAUUUACACCUAAAGAACAACUAUUUUAGUGAUGUUCUUGUUUUAUUAUCAUAUACAGUUACUUCAACAUUUUUAAACAAAUUUAUUGAGUGUUUAUACUAUAGUUCUCCUUUACAAUACAUAGU